CCAAAGGCACGAAUUCACGUGAAGAGAUCACGUAAUCCUUGAAAGAGAGUACCCGUUCAAACGGGGAAUGCACGUAACGAAAGGGUGCAUGCAAAAUGUUUGGUCAUCUUUAAUUUAAAGCACGAGAAAAAGGGAAUCAUUCCUCUGUUGUGAAAGCACCAGAUGUGUACAAGAACACACGUCCGCUUCAACCUCCGAGAGAUGCUGCGCUGCUCAACUACCAUCUCCCCCAACUCUUUUAUCAGACAAGCAACAAAGCAAAGCAAUAUAUGAGGUGAGGACAUCAACCUGGGGAUACCCAAAUUCAUAGGAACUUGUAGUUACAUGAUCAUGGAGUUGCGCGAGGGCAGACGAACUGGGGAUCUGAAGAGAAGGGCUCGCCUAAGAGUCGGUGGCGGUGGCGGUGGCGCUAGGAUCGAAGGGGUUAUUGUGUGGGGAGGCACUCUGGCGAUUGCGAGCUUGAUGGCCCUCUUCACGAUCAGAGUGAAGAAGAGGGUCUGGAAUCGGUGCACGUGUGGACCCGAGAAGCUUAAGGUCGAGGCGACUGAAGAAGGAGGAGGAGGAGGAGGAGGAGGAGGCGACGAAAACGGAGGCCUUCGGGUCGUUCUUCAGGAUCAGAGUUCUCCUACGAGUCCUCUUACUCCGCGUAACUCCUCAUGUUGCAUUGGCGGAAGCCAUGGCGGAUUGUCGAGGAAGAAUUUAGCUCACUUGUAUUGCAGUGAUUCCGCGUCGGGUCGGAGUUUGACGUCGGAGGAAAAGCCUGCUAUUGAAAAGGAUGAGAAGAAAGAGCCUCACCAAGAGACUGUCCUCUCUGAUGGUGCGAAAACAGAGAGCGUUGCGUCCUUUAGCUCCGUGGUCGAAGAUGGUUCGCCACCAGCUACGCAAGAUUGCGCUCUAGCCACAGAUGACUGGAAUGAAAAUACAGAAAACCAUCUCGAGAAGCAAAUUAUUCACGCAUCCAGUGAGGUUGACGCCUUUGAUCGUGUAGCUCAAAUUGAAGUGCUGACGGCAGAAGCAGACGAGUCGGCGGAUUCUGUGGAAGAAGAAGAAGAUCUUGGUGGUGGUGGUGAUGAAAAAGCAAAAGAAGUCGAGGGAAGCUCGGAAGACUCAGGGGACUCAUGUCUUGAAUUAAACAACGAGGCGAUAUGGCCAUUGGAAAUGAUCGAUGAGGUAGCGAAGACGAUUUUUGAGGAUCGUGUAGACAUGACCAAGAUCAACAAGCAAGAAAGCGAUUCCAUCGUCCACGAAGAAGGGGAGGAAGAAAAUGUUGGAGUUGAUACUCAUGAAAACCCUAGAGACUCAACAGCUUUUACCGAGAAUAGAUUGGAGGAGACUGUCACGAGGAAUCGUUGGAAAAAACGCUUCCCGAGGCCGCCGAUCUGUAUUUGGCGUGUCCUGCUGCUGUUGGUUUUGCUGUCACUCCUAGUUCACGGUAGCAGCAUCGGGAGUUUCGCGACGAAUUUAUGUGAUCUCGCUGUUAAAUGAAGUUCCUCUCACGGUCGCAGAUCGGUCGUGAGGAAUCAAGACUUGUAAUUCAAGCAUUCCAAUCUUUCGCUCUGUCUUACUGAAUCCUCAAUAAGAAUCAUCUUAAA